CUCUUCUCUUCUCCUGUCCUCUCCUCUCCUCUCUCUGCCUCUCCUCCAAUCUUGACAUCCCCCCCCCCGUUCGUCCGUCUACCCGCCGUUUUCAUAGGCGCGCCGUCGCGUUUCUACUCGCAAUUGUAUCCGCCCAGUUUCUUCGCUACUUUGCUGGAUUCCUCCUUGCACGCCGCUACGCAAAUUCUUCUCGAUUGUCCAGCUCCGGUAUCUUCACCUCUCUACCACUUUCCACAUAUUCCACCCCACCGACGACGCCGGAGGUUUUUUUGAUUAUAAUUCUUUGUUUCUAUAUCUUGCAAAUCGACGUGGGAGCCUAUUCUGCUCCGAGACAAUCUUCUCUGCCACUCUCCCACGACGACACUCUUUAACCACCGCAUCUGAGCCUGUCUUUCGCAAGGCGUGUGUUUUUUCUUGCCUACGCUGUUUUUUUCCUUCUCACCCAAUUCUGGACCUAGUUGCUUAAUAAGGUCCUACUAUACUUGCCAUCCACUUGGAUUUCACGAGAAACGCCCCCCCACAGUUUCUGAGCGCACAACCAACAACACAACACUCAGAGCAACCCAACCAUGGCGUCGAGCGCUCCCACUCACAACGACCAGUACCAGUCCAGCGGCGGCACUUCCGUGACCGCCCCUGCAUCCACCACCUCUGAUUCAUCCGCUAACCUCGGAAAGGAUGAGGUUGCCUGGUUCUUCGUCGAGCAGUACUACACUACCUUGAGCAAAACACCCGAAAAGCUCCAUCUUUUUUACGGAAAGCGCUCACAGUUUGUGUAUGGUCAAGAAGGCCAGACUGCCAACGUCAGUGUUGGCCGGCAGACCAUUCAAGAGCGCAUCAAGGACCUCGAUUUUCAGAACUGCAAAGUUCGAGUCUCUAAUGUCGACUCCCAGGCCUCUUUCGAGAAUAUCGUGAUCCAAGUUAUCGGUGAAACUUCCACCAAAGACGGAAAUUCUAAAAAAUUCGUCCAGACCUUUGUUCUCGCUCAACAGCCGUCUGGAUAUUUCGUGCUCAAUGACAUACUGCGUUACAUUGACGAGGAGCCCGAAGAAGAGCCUAAUGUCCAACCCGACGAGCAGGAGGCCCCAGGCGUGGAGAUGGAUAUUCCAGCUCCUACUGAAGAGGGAAAGCAAGCCGAGCCGACCGAGGAGCAGCCCUCCAAGGAUGAAUCUAGCUCAUUCGAUACCGAGGCUGUUGACAAGAAACUAGAAGAGGUUAGCGCAGCACCACAAGAGGCCGCGUCUACCAACGGUGACGCCGCUCCUGAGACCGCUGCCGAGGAUCCUACAACCACAUCUGAAGAUGCUACCAAGGAGACCGGUGAGGCUCUUCCUAACCCUGAUACAGCUGCGCAGGAGCUCGCUGAAGAGUCUGCACGGGAGCCCGAGAAGCCGAAAGACCCUACUCCGACUCCCGUUGUAGCACGUCAGCCUCCGGCUCCAGCGCCAGCGCCUACGCCUGCGCAGCCACCAAAGCCUAUGACAUGGGCUAGCCGCAUCGCGGCAGCGGCAGGCCCUCCUAAAGUGAGUCCUGCUACGCCGUUGACCAAAGCUGCACCAGUGCCUGCUCCUGUACCUGCACGCCCUGCUGUCGCGGCAGCACCAGCUGCAGCCGCCCAGCCAGCGACAUCAGCAGCCCAACCGCAAGAGACAGGGGCAUCCACAAAGGAAGCGGGCGCUGAGUGGCAAACCGCGGGAAGUGACUCUAAACGUCAAAACAGGCCUCAAUCUAUCUCAGGUCCUCCUGCUGAGAAAGAGGGCACGUUAGGUUAUGUUAAAUACGUUACAGACAAAGUGGCCCGUGAUGAGCUCGAAGCUGCGCUAGCUCAGUAUGGUGAGCUGGCGUACUUCGACAUCAAUCGUCAGAAGAACUGUGCAUUCGUAGAGUUUAAGACGACCGCCGGUUACCAAGCCGCCGUGGCGGCUAACCCACACGUGAUCAGCGGAGAGAAUAUUGUUGUUGAGCCUCGCCGCCCUAAAGCUGGUGCUUACGGAGGAAGCAACUACAAUACCGGGCGCGGCAAUGCACACAAUCGCGGCGGACGUGGUGGAUUCGAUACUGGUCGCUCUGGAAGUCAUGGUUCCCGUGGCAGCUUUGGGGGCCAGAACCGCGGUCGAGGUGGACCGGCUCGUGGUAGAGGUGCUGCUCAGGCUAUUAACUCUUAAGCAAUACUUCAUCAGGAGUUCAGGCAAGUUGGAGCUUACACAACACACAAUACAAUUACUAAAACCCGAGCGGUAUACAAGCGAGGGAAAUAUCCCCCUUGGACGCCGCAGAAUAGCGACAGGAUU